AUGCAGGCAGGGAUGAAUGGGAGGUUCGAAUUAAUAAACUUCCAUCCCUGCAAGAUGAAACAAAGGAAGAGUGGAAGGCACGUCCAGAAAGCGCCUGCAUUUGCUGCGACUUUUAACGUGGUCUUUUGUGACCUGACAUCUUAUGCAGUCCUGUGCCUGACGGAAUACCCGAGGAUCGAGAACGCGAAGGAGUCUUACUUGAAUUGGAUGGGCGAGUACCCAGCCCCGAAAGGAAGUGUUGUUGAGGAUCAACUGAAGGAACUAGAAGGGAAGAGGAGGAGUCAAUUCAAGCGGAAAUUUCAAGAGCUGACCACUAGUCGGAUGAACCACCUUCGCUGGGCGGAUCCGGCCCGCGGUACCACUAAAAGAAGGCGGAAGCAAUUACAUUAUGAGUUAAUUAAUUAUGAGUUUGAAAAGCCGUAA